CCCAAGAUGAUUGAGAAAUAUGCUUGCCACAUUUUCACUUUAUCCCUGUUAGUAGGUUUCCUUCCGGUUCAGCAGCUAGCACUUGCGUAACAUCCGGAAGCUGGAAUGGUUGCCUAUGACCCGUUUGCACAAAUCUCAAAGUGGAUGACCUUAGUUACGAGACGAAUGCUUGUUGCCCUGCCUUGGGGUCCUUAGGCGAUGGGGAACGACUGACCUGUCCUUUGCACCUUAAUCGACGCCUGCGGAGCUGAAGCGACAUGGCUCUCAGCAGCAAAGGUUUUAUGUUCAGCCAUUGUUUGCACCCGAAGGCGUCAGAUGGCAUUGUGCGCCGCGUUGUGCUCGUUGGCCUUCUUUGUCUCAUUGUGCGAACCCAGGCCAAGCUGCAUAUAGAACGAAGUGGCCAUGAUGGAAGUCGUCCGGAGCGCCGCGCACUUGGCGAAAUUCAGGCGUCUUCCACAGCGAUGACUUCGUGGGACGACUUUUGGAUGGAUGCGCUCGGUGGCGAUGCUCAACAUCCACCGCCUCCAACAAAAGCUUCCCCACCGCCCCCCACAAAAGUUUCCCCGCCGCCCCCCACAAAAGCGUCCCCACCGCCCCCCACAAAAGCUUCCCCACCGCCCCCCACAAAAGCUUCCUCACCACCGCCAACAAAAGCUCGUUCACCACCCCCAACAAAAGCUCCCCGUCCUUCUCCUCCAAGCCCGGGCCCCCCUUUGCCAGCCAUCCCGCCAGCCACUCCUCCUCCCCAGAGGCCACCUCCCCCAGAACAAGAGCCUGAAGCCUUACCGGACACUCCUGUCGAGGCACCAGCGGAACCCCCAACUCCCGACAGUGAGGAGCCCCCUGGAGAACCUUUCCCACCCACAAUCCCAAUGACGCCUCCAUCCCCACCAUCCCCGCCAGAAGCACCGUCGCCUCCACCGUCCCCUCCCACGCCUCCCUCACCUCCGCCAUCCCCUCCUCUUCCUCCUUCGCUACCACCCUCACCUCCGGAGCCUCCCUCGCCUCCCCAGCUUCCACCAAACUCCCCGUUAUCUCCCUCCCCUCCGACUGCUCCCCUGCCCCCCCCAACACCUCCUAGCCCACCAUCGCCCCCUCUCUACCCACCGUCCUCUCCGUCUCCUCCCACCUCACCUUCAUCACCGCCUUCACCACCGUCUUUUCCCGCCCUUCCCCCGUCCACACCCUCGCCUGUGCCGCCCCCCAAGAAGACCUCCCGUCGCCCCAAGCCGCCACCCGACAUGCCCUCCUCACCUCCCGAUGCUCAGAACGACCCGGGGAAGCUGCAACCAGCCCUGCCAGCCCUGCCACCCCCACCCAGCCCUCCGCCGCACCCAACACCUCUUCCGUCCCCGCCGCCACCUUGCCGACCAGCUCGACGUGCUUCCCCGCCGCCGCCGCCAAGCAACAGCAGCAACGACGGCUCAUCGGAUGGCAACGGCGGCGGCUCCUCAACGGACGCCGUUGCAACGCCAUCACCAUCGCCACCACCGCCGCCGCCGCCGCCGUCCCCUCCUCCGCCUCCGUCACCCCGGCCGUCACCGCCACCGCGACCUCCACCGCCAUCGCCUCGCCCGCCGCCGCCGUCGCCCCCUCCACCGCCGCUACCUUCGCCGCCGCCGCCAACUCCCGCGCCCAGGCCUCCGCCGCUGCGACGGCCUCCUAGCGGCGCUGUCGUAGACCCCGGAAGCACCCAAUCGCCUCCUAACAAGGUCAGCUCCUUACCACCGCCGCCGCCGCCUGUGCAGUCACCCAACCCACCACCUCCGAGACCGCCGUCACCGCCGCCACCGCCAUCAAUAAUUAACCCGAGCCUCAUACUUGAGGCUCACAACACGGUGCGCGUGUUGGCGGGUGUGGGCAACCUGACGUGGGAUGACGGCCUAGCCAAGUCGGCGCAGGAGUGGAGCCAGCAGUGUGUGUGGCAGCACUCCAACGGCAAUUACGGAGAGAACCUGGCUUCGGGAACGUACCGCAAGCAGACCGACCCUCUCAAUGGAAUCGGCAUCUGGUACAAUGAGAUUUGCAUAUACGACUUCAAAGAUCCGGGUUUUGAGGAGGCAACGGGCCAUUACACGCAGAUGGUUUGGGCUAGUACCGCCGCAAUCGGCUGUGGCUACACAUAUUGUGGGGAGGAAGGCGUCUUCGGACUUCGGGCGAACAUCGGAGUAUUCGUCUGCCACUACUACCCUCCUGGCAACAUCAACUAUUCUAUCUACUUCCGGC